AGCCAGAAUACAGUAGAGCGCGCCCUGGAGUCAGGCCCUGGCGAAGAGCAUCUCUCUGAAGACACAGACCCGAAGCACGACAGCAGCCAGGAUACAGCAGAGCGCGCCCUGGAGUCAGGCCCUGGCAAAGAGCAUCUCUCUGAAGACACAGACCCGAAGCACGACAGCAGCCAGGAUACAGCAGAGCGCGCCCUGGAGUCAGGCCCUGGCAAAGAGCAUCUCUCUGAAGACACAGACCUGAAGCACGACAGCAGCCAGGAUACAGCAGAGCGCGCCCUGCAGUCAGGCCCUGGCGAAGAGCAUCUCUCUGAAGACACAGACCCGAAGCACGACAGCAGCCAGGAUACAGCAGAGCGCGCCCUGCAGUCAGGCCCUGGCGAAGAGCAUCUCUCUGAAGACACAGACCCGAAGCACGACAGCAGCCAGGAUACAGCAGAGCACGCCCUGCAGUCAGGCCCUGGCGAAGAGCAUCUCUCUGAAGACACAGACCCGAAGCACGACAGCAGCCAGGAUACAGCAGAGCACGCCCUGCAGUCAGGCCGUGGCGAAGAGCAUCUCUCUGAACUCAGAUCACUCCCAAGUGAUGUAGAGGGCAGUGACCUGGACGAGGCUGACAUUGCAGGAGAUAUCUCUGAACUACAGAUCGUCGAAAUUAAACAGGAGCCCUUCAAAGACACUGACAUCAAUGAAGAAAGCCCAGAGCCCUGCUCUGCUACCAGCAAUGUAGCGUUUGAAGUGGAUCAGGAUGAAAGAUACACAUGUCCUCAGUGUGACGUCUCUCUUAUUGGGAAAGAAUACUUUGAGAGCCAUGUAAAGACUGCACACCUGCAACACAAUGCAGAAACCACGGGAAAGCGGACAGGUAACAUCCCUGCUGCAAACCAGCGCUUUCAAAUCCCUCUGGAAUGCGACAGUCGUCUCCGGCAGAGGGAUCCCCACAAAUCCCACAAACAACACCUCUGUACUGUGUGUGGGAAAACAUUCAAGGAGCCGGGAGCUCUUACAAACCAUUACAGAGUCCAUACAGGAGACGCUCCCUUUCUGUGCGCUGUCUGUGGGAAGAGCUUCAAUCAGGCUGUGAACCUUAAAAGACAUCAGCGAAUCCACAGCGGAGAAAGACCGUACCAGUGCCCUGACUGUGGGAGGAGUUUCAGCCACGCUAAAAGCCUCACUGUGCACCAGCGCAUUCACACUAAAGAGAGCCCCUACCACUGUGACAGCUGUGAGAAAAGCUUUAAGAGUUCAGGAAACCUGAAAGCACACCAGCGCAUUCACACCGGGGAGACCCCGUAUCACUGCAGUCAGUGUGGGAAGAGUUUCAAUCUGUUACAAAACUUUAAAAAGCACCAGAGGCGUCACUCGGGAGCGACUCUGUUUCACUGCACAGACUGUGAAAAAAGCUUCAAAGAUUUGGGUUCACUGAAGGUUCACCAGCGUGUGCACUCAGGAGAGACCCCCUACAGGUGCACAGUCUGUGGGAAGAGUUUCAGAGAGUCAGGGGUCCUGAGAAAACAUGAGCGAAUCCACACUGGCGAGACCCCCUAUAAGUGUGCGUAUUGUGAGAGGAGUUUCAGACAGAUCGGACACCUGAAUACACACCAGCGGGUUCACACAAGAGAGGCCCCGCAUCAGUGCCCUGACUGCGGGAAGAGUUUCAGAGAGUCCGGAGACCUGAAGAAACACAGGAGGAUCCACACUGGAGAGACCCCCUAUCUCUGCACUGACUGUGGGAUGAGAUUCUGCCAGUCAGGACACCUCAAGAGACACCAGCUCAUUCACACGGGAGAGACCCCGUUCCUGUGCACUGAGUGUGGGAGGAGUUUCAGACACUCUAAGACUCUGCUAGUUCACCAGCGCACCCACACACAGGAGACCCCGUAUCACUGCACUGUGUGUGAGAAGAGCUUCAGUCAGGGGCAGAACCUCAAGAGACACCAGCGGGUUCACACAGGCGAGGCCCCCUAUCGCUGUGCUAUCUGUGGGAACCACUACAAGGAGUCUCGAUCGCUUGUGGCACACCGUCGAAGCCACACAGGAGAGACUCCUUAUCCAUGUGCUGAUUGUGGGAAGAGUUUCAGACACGCCAAGACUCUCAAAGUACACAAGAGAAUUCACACUGGAGAGAGACCGUAUCCCUGUGAGGAAUGUGAUAAGAGAUACAGGCAUGCGAAAGAUCUGAAGAAACACAGUAAAAGCCACGCCAGGCAGAUCAUAUGAGGGAAGCAUUUGAAGGUUUCGGCGCAUAUCUGAAUGUGAAAUAAACCUGCACUCUUUCAUGCUUUGUAUUCUAUUGGAAUUGCACGUUUUCAAAUGCAGUCUGCGGUUGUACAGUAUUUUUU